CGCAUGGUGGCCAUCAUAGCUGCUGUCGGUUUUGCGCGCGGGGUGAGAAGGGCAGGCUUUCUGCGUCCAUACUGACUUAACGCGACCGAGAAGCGGCGAGAGGAGACUCUGUCCGCGCUGCACGUUCGCGGAUCCACAGCUUGGCAACGCGGCUUGGGCUGCCCCUCGCUGGGGCGGAGACCGGGACCACCGGCCCGGUGCUCUCCGCUCACGGAGUCCGAUGGCGGCGGCCGCGCCCAGGGACCCGGCUCCGAGUGCCACCCCAUGUGGGCCUGUGUGGGGUGUGGUGUCCCUCUUCCAGGCUGUGAAUAUCUGUGAUCACUAAAAUGUUGUCCGUCUCCUCUGUCCAUGGUCAGGUGUCAUGUGUUGACCAUCCCCAUAACUCUAAGGUAGGACUCCUGCCCUUAGCAGUGGGGUGAAGAGGAGGUGAUAAAAAUAACAAUGACGUGCAGGGGAGCCCAGGGAGAUUGCUGUGGUGCGGGACAGUGAGAUGUGGUGACAGUAGGCAUGUGGCUGUGGAAUUCAGGCUCGAGAACAAUGUGUACUUGGGGAGGGAAUAUGCCUUAUUGAUGCCAGGGCCCUGGUUUUCAGCAGAAUAACCCAGAUGGCCAGGAGGAUCCGUCUGUGCCAGGUCCACAACUUAGAUAUUCAGUCAUCUAACUGCAUCUUGUUUCAGCAGGACUCUCUGAUCAGUGGGCCCACGAGGAGACAGUGGCAUCACGGCAUCCAGGCACUGGGGGUGACCUUUGAAGACGUGGCUGUGUACUUCUCCUGGGAGGAAUGGGGUCUCCUUGAUGAGGCUCAGAGAUGUCUGUACCAGGAUGUGAUGCUGGAGAACUUGGCACUUAUAACCUCCUUGGGCUGCAGGCAGGGAGCAGAGGAUGACGAGGCACCUGAGCAGAGCAUUUCUGUACAAAGAGCGUCACAGGUCAGGACUUUGCAGGCAGUUGUGUCUCCCCAGAAAGCCCAUCCUCGUGAGGUGUGUGGCCAGGACUUGAGAGACCUUUUGCUGUCCAGUGAGCACCUGGCAACACUUUGUGGACAGAAUCUCUACAGUAUUGGGGCACACAAGGGACAGUUGUAUUUCGAUGCAGACCUUCCGCACCAGGAGCAGCACACUGGAGAGAAAUGCUUCAGAAGCAACAUGGGCAGAGCUUCUUUUGUGAAGGACUACAAAUUCUCUGUGUUAGGGAAACCCUUUUCCUGUGGGGAGGUGACAUCUUGGCCUGUGAGGGACAUCUUGGCCACCUCGAGAUUCCUCCAGCAUCAAGCCCCACCCAGCAGGGAGACGUCAUACAGGAGGACUGAGUAUGGGGCGUCCUCCCAUGGAAGGAAACUGCAACGCAGCUGGGCAGAAGGCACAAAGGACUUCAGUUGCAAACACACACUUGCUUAUCACCAGAGAGACCUCACUAGAGAAAGAUGCUUCAUGUGCAGUGAAUGUGGGAAAUCUUUUAGCAAGAGCUACAGCCUCAGGGACCACUGGAGAGUGCACACUGGGGAAAAGCCUUACAAGUGUGGGGAAUGUGGGAGGUCGUUUCGGCAGAGCUCUAGCCUCAUUCGGCACCGGAGAGUUCACACUGGAGCAAGGCCUCACGAGUGUGACGAAUGUGGCAAAUUAUUUGGCAACAAGUCUAACCUCAUUAAACAUCGGAGAAUUCACACUGGAGAACGGCCGUAUGAAUGUAGUGAAUGUGGGAAAUCCUUCAGCGAAAGCUCUGCGCUCCUUCAACACCGCAGUGUUCACACGGGAGAAAGGCCUUAUGAGUGCAGCGAGUGUGGAAAAUUCUUUUCCUACCACUCCAGUCUCAUAAAACACCAGAGAGUUCACUCAGGAUCAAGGCCCUAUGAGUGCAGUGAAUGUGGAAAAUCCUUUACUCAAAACUCCAGCCUCAUCGAACACCGUAGAGUUCAUAGUGGAGAAAGGCCUUAUAAGUGCAGCGAAUGUGAGAAAUCUUUUAGCCAAAGCUCUGCACUGCUUCAACAUCGGAGAGUUCACACUGGAGAGAGGCCUUAUGAAUGCAGUGAAUGUGGGAAAUUCUUUACUUACAGUUCUAGUCUCCUCAGACACCAGAGAGUACACACUGGAUCAAGGCCUUAUGAGUGCACUGAGUGUGGGAUAUCCUUCACUCAAAACUCCAGUCUCAUUAAGCAUAGGAGGAUUCACACUGGAGAAAGACCUUACGAGUGCAGGGAGUGUGGGAAAUCCUUUAGCCAUAGUUCUAGCCUCAUUAAGCACAGAAAAGUACACACUGGAGAAAGGCUUUAGGAGGACAGUGACUUUGAAACAUUCACUGGGUCUUUCAUUUCAGUGACCAUUCAAAUAUUCAUACUGAAACGGCUCUGUGAGUAUCUGAAUGUGGGAUAUUCUUUACCUAGGAGUCCAAACUCCUGAAACACUACUGGGUUCCCCUUGACGAAGGCCCGUGAGUGUGGAGAAUGUGGAAAAUGGCUAACCAAAGGCUAACCUCAUCACACCCCAGAGAACUCGUGAAAGCCCUUACAAAAGCCUUGAAAAUGAGAAAACCUUCUACUGAAGGACUUGACGUCAUAGGAGUUCACAAAUUUCAAAUGGGACAACUACCUUAACUGCGCAGGUAUUUAUUUGAUGAGAGUAACAGCACUGGAGGAAAUCCCUCAUGAAGGUGCCAUUUGCCUGCAUUGACAUUCAUACAUUCAAACAUCGACAUAAAUCCCAGGUAUGUAGCAGCUGCACUGCAGUCUUUGAACCUGCCCAGGGCCGUAUCCCGGUGUCAGGACAGUUGCUGGAGGACUGAUGAGCAGCCUGAGCACUUACUCCUUCCCCAUUUUUCUUCUCUGAGAGGGCAUGGAUCUCGCCCGGUUUUGUCCUAGAGGACUGUUGGUGAUUUGAAAAGGAGGAUGGCAUAUCAGGGAUGUAUCAUCCUUGUGAAACUCUGAAGGCAUUUCCCCAGCCUCCAAAUCACCAACCCAGAAACAGUCUGCCUCCCAUUGCUCUUGCUGUACGACAAUAAAGGUCAUAUUUUUUAAGCCACCAUUAA